GGGCCGUGCACAUGAAGGAGUAUCCGGAUUACAAAUACCGGCCCCGAAGGAAGACCAAGACCUUGUUGAAGAAGGACAAAUACUCGCUGCCCGGCAAUCUGCUGGCCCCCGGGGGGGGCAACGCGGUGAGCAGCCCCGUCGGGGUGGGGCAGAGGAUUGCCACUUAUGCCCACAUGAACGGCUGGACCAACGGGGCUUACUCACUGAUGCAAGACCAGCUGGGCUACAGCCAGCACCCGGGCAUGAACAGCCCCCAGCUGCAGCAGAUGCACCGCUACGACAUGACGGGCCUGCAGUACAGCCCCAUGAUGUCCACGGCCCAGACCUACAUGAACGCCGCAUCCACCUACAGUAUGUCCCCCGCCGCCUAUGGCCAGCAGCCUUCCACGGCCAUGAGCCUGGGCUCCAUGGGCUCGGUGGUGAAAUCCGAGCCCAGCUCGCCGCCUCCAGCCAUCACUUCCCACUCGCAGAGGGCCUGCCUGGGAGACCUGCGGGAUAUGAUCAGCAUGUACCUGCCCCCGGGGGGGGAUGCCACAGACCCUUCCGCCCUGCAGGGCAGCAGGUUACACAGUGUCCACCAGCACUACCAGAGUGCCGGGACUGGCGUGAAUGGUACCGUACCACUAACUCACAUAUAAACUUGGCUGCUCCGGACGGCUCCCCGUCUUAAUCCCUAACCCCACCACCGUUCCCUGACUACAUUGGGACGUGUACGGCAGUGUUGCUCGGCUUAGCAGACUUAAUACUAACUUUGGAGAAAUUUAAAAUGGAAAUCCGUUAGUUGUGUCCUUUUUUUUUUUUGUACAAAAAAAAAAAGUAUUUGAGCAAGCUUAUUUUAGUAGAUCACAACUCCUGCCUGUUAGAAGUCGCCGUGAAGUUUUUAAACCACGGCAACUUCUUUCCUGGUUUCUGCUAGGUUGGGCACUCUUUUAUUCGCUUAAAAGUUUUUAAAAGAUCUUGCAUCUUCCAGUUUGAUUUCGAGCGUUGCAAUGACAUUUAAAAAAAAAAAAAAAAAGGCGGGCUUUUGAUUUUAAACUCGGUUGUUCACAUUAUCGUUGUGGUUUCUUAAGCGU